GGGUUCCUGCGGCCUCGCCCGAGCCCUUCUUCCUUUGCUCACCGCGCGGCAGCAGUGCGGGCGAUUCCGACAGUUCGGGCUGCUCUUCGUGGGAGCUGGUCGAGCUGGAGUGCUACGACGAGGGGCAGGUGCCGGACCUGCCGGUAAGUGCGCUGCAGAGCGCCGACGAGACGGCUCGCUUCGGGCGCUGGCCGUUCGGCCUCCUGGUGCGGUCGCUCUUCUCUUUGGUGAGUGAUCCUAUCGCGGAGCAGGAUUCAGCGGACGAGGUCGAGGGUCUCGAGUUACAGAUGCCAGUGGAGCCAUGGUCUCGCCGCUUCUACCGCCAGAGUGCGACCGACGGUGUGGAGGUGCAGUUGGUGCGUCGCAAGAGUGGCAACGUGUGGGCCGUCAUCGGUCCGGACUUGACGUUGGGCCUGAUCUGUAUCACGGCGAAGACGUCCAUCUUCACGGACCCAGUGGCGGGGAUUCGGUGGCGGCCGAUGCCACCUCUUUCUGCUGCCCAGAGGGACGCCUAUGUCAGCCAGGCAACGGAGGGAUUGAAGGCGUCGUCAGUGCCGACGUGGCCGCUGUAUCGCCCCGGCAAGGGUGGUCAGCAGGCGAUCGCGGUGAACGUCCUGUAUGCCGUUUUCAGCUCGGGGGCUUCGUCACUCAAGACGCUGAGGUGGUCUUUGAGGAGUCCCAAGCGUUUCCUGUGUGUGCUGGUCGCGUUGUUCGCAUUGUACGAGCUGCUGGUGUUGCUGGGCGUGAUCGAGUAUAUGAAGGAGGUCUGGGUGUACACGAUCAGCUACCUGGUCACGGCCAAGGAUGCGUUCGUGGAGAGCUCGGAGGUCGUCCAGGAGUGGGCCACCUACUUGUGGGAGUGGAAGGAGUGGGCCCAGAAGCUGAUGCCUCUUCAGCGUUGGUUUGCGAUGUUCUUGGCCCUGAUCCUUCUGACCCUCUGGGCGGCUCACGAGUGGUCGGACAGCGUGCUGCACGAUCUCGUGGAGUCCCAGAAGGCCAUGAUGGAGGAGAUCAGCGAGAUCCGGACCGCCGAGAGGACGAGGGAGCUACGUCGGGAUGUACUCGAAGCUUCUCUGGACUCGCGGGGUCGUGCGGACGCCGAGGCCAACAAGCAGGUGAUCGAGGACAUGAUUGCGCGGCUGGACCAAUUCGAGGCUCGUCUGAAGGGCGAGGCGCCUGCGGAGGCGGGAGCUGGCGAACGUGGUGCUGCUAUCGAGGGGGCGAGUUUUUCGGCUUCGGCGGUCGCCGUGCUCGGGUCCCCCACGAAGAGUGCACCCACGGCGUUGAUGGAGACGCCCGAGAAGCGAGCUGCCACUUCGCAGCCGGAGGCCGUCGAGCUGGCCAUCAAGCGGAUGCGCUUCAAGGCUCAGUUGCCGCAGCAGGUGUUCAUGGAGCAGCUGGACGAGUACAAGGGACGGAUCUCGGCCGAGGUGCUGUCAGAGAUCUACUCGUCAGGCAAGACGGCCGAGGCCUGGGCGCGGGACUUCAUCAGGGACCGGGGGCUGAGCGACUGCAACACGGCUCGGGAGAUGAUCGCGGCCUUCGCCGCGGUGGACACGAUGCUGAUGACCGAUCGUCAGAGGGGACUCCUCAACCUGGUGAGCUUCGAGCGGCUGGUGCGAAAGGGCCACGCUAUUGUGAGGGCGUGCCGCAACGCGAACUGCCGCGACGACUGGAGCCGCCCCAAGGAUGCCAACAACUGGAAGUCAAAGGUGGACUGGGAGGCGGCACGUCGCUUGGACCCCCAGCUCGCCGACGAGAGCACUAUUCGAGUGAUGAGCGCCGAGGGAGAGAUGAAGAAGGCCAUGGGUCGCGACGCGCAGCUGAUGAAGGCGCGCCCCGACCUGGGCGGAGGCGCGGUGGUGCCGUUCGCUCGCCCGGAGCGCCCCGCUUCGACUUCUCGUCGGGUGCUGUCGUGCUGGAAGGAGGAGAUGGAGCUGGUGGAGACGGCGAAUCGUUCUCUCUUGGCCUUGCGUCAGCUCUACCGCGGGAGUCUGGACGACAGUCUACUGGGCCUGGCCGACUGCUGGGGCCAGGGGAUCGCGCCCGACAACCUGGACGGGGACCUCUCUCGGCGGAUCUUAGGCGUACUUACGAGCUACCUAUAG